AUGUUAUUUUCGCCUCAACAGCUUUUAAUGUUACAACAACAACAAAAUCAGUUAAAUACAGCAGCCCUCCAAGCCUGUCCAACAACCCAAAACACUUCCCCAGUUAAUGGUAUUAUAAACAUAGCAGCUUCGAAGGGAACAUCCAACCUCAAUAUAGCUUCUUUCAUUCAACAGCAACAACAAAUGUCAGCUGCUACAAUGUUGCUGCUUCAGCAACCAAUGAAAAAUGGAGGGGGUGGGGGGAAGGAAUUAACAGGAGAAUUAAUGGAAGCUUCUAAAAAGGAGGAAAAUGGGGGAAAUUCUGAUGAAAAAAUAAAUGAAAAUAUUAUUGUGAAGAAGGAGGAGCAAGCGGAUGAGGAGGAGGUUGUUGGGCAAUUAAGUGAGGAAGGGGAAAGAAGGAAGGAUUAUGAAAAGAGAGAAAUGGAAACGGAAGCAACUGAAGAAGGUAAAUUAAUUUGUUAA